CAGUUUUCCCCAGCCAUGUUCCUGGUGAAUUCGUUCCUGAAGGGCGGCGGGGGCGGGGGAGGCGGGGGUCUGGGCGGGGGUCUGGGGAACGUGCUCGGAGGCCUGAUCAGCGGAGCUGCGGGCGGCGGAGGCGGCGGAGGCGGCGGAGGCAUCGGGAUGGGAGGCGGCGGAGGCGGCGGCGGCGGAACCGCCAUGCGCAUCCUGGGCGGCGUCAUUAGCGCCAUCAGCGAGGCUGCUGCGCAGUACAACCCGGAGCCCCCGCCCCCACGGAGCCAUUUCUCUAGCAUUGAGGCCAACGAGAGUGAGGAGGUCCGGCAGUUCCGGAAACUUUUUGUCCAGCUGGCUGGAGACGACAUGGAGGUCAGCGCCACAGAACUCAUGAACAUCCUCAACAAGGUCGUGACCCGACACCCGGAUCUGAAAACGGAUGGUUUUGGCAUUGACACUUGUCGGAGCAUGGUGGCUGUGAUGGAUAGUGACACCACAGGCAAGCUGGGCUUUGAGGAAUUCAAGUACCUCUGGAACAACAUUAAAAAGUGGCAGGCCAUAUACAAACGCUUUGAUGUCGACAGAUCCGGGACCAUCUCCAGCAGCGAACUCCCAGGGGCCUUUGAGGCAGCAGGAUUCCACCUGAACGAGCAUCUGUACAGCAUGAUCAUCCGGCGCUACUCGGACGAGAGCGGGAACAUGGACUUUGAUAACUUCAUCAGCUGCCUGGUCAGGCUGGAUGCCAUGUUCCGUGCUUUCAAAUCUCUUGACAAAAACGGCACCGGACAGAUCCGAGUGAACAUCCAGGAGUGGCUGCAGCUGACUAUGUAUUCCUGACCGGGAACCACAGACCUGCCCCAUGACAGCUCACUACGGAGCCACCUGGGACCGCGAUCCUGUGCGCGGCCACA